AUAUAGACGUUCAUGUUCAUGUUCAUUUCUUUUCUUUCGUAAUAUUUGAUAAAUUUUUGUGUGUGUAAGGAAUUUGAGGAAUCAUUUAUGGCGGCCUUCGAAGGCAGAUGGAGUUACGAGAAUUUGCAAGAAUCCGCGGAUUUCCUCGUCGAGCGGGCCGGUUUCGUGCCGAAAAUUGCCAUAAUAUGCGGCUCCAAUUUAGCUUUUCUAACGGACGAUUUGACCAAUACCACGCAAGUCAAAUACGAAGACAUUCCGUACUUUCCCGAAUGCACCGUACCUAACCACCAAUCGAUGCUCGUUUUCGGCUAUUUCGACGAUAUAACGCCGGUAGUAAUCAUGAAAGGCCGGUUCCAUUUUUUCGAAGGAAAUCCCUCUUGGAAAGCCGGCAUACCAUCGACGGUGUUCAAGCUGAUGGGCGUCAAGUACCUAAUCACCACCAGCUCGGUGGUGGGCGUCAACGAGAAGUACAAACCCGGCGACAUUAUGAUGGUGAAGGACCACAUCAACAUGCUGGGCAUCGCCGGCAGCAGCCCGUUGAGGGGCCCCAACGACGAUCGCAUCGGCGAUCGAUUCCCGUCGAUGAACGAGGUCUACGAGAGGAAGCUGCGCAAGCAGGCGGUCAAAAUCGCCGUGAAAUUGAAGAUCAACAAGAAAUUGCGGCAGGGCGUGUACGGGUACGUGUGCGGCCCCAGUUUACCGACGGUGGCUGAGAUGAGAAUGAUGUCCAUUUGCGGGGCUGAUGUGGUGGGAAUGUCGACCGUUCCAGAAGUUACUUUGGCCAAACAUUGCGAAUUGAAAGUGUUUGCUGUUUGUUUGGUGGUCGAGCCAGGGACAUUCGAUUACUCUUGGAGAGAGGCGAGGACAACGCAAAAUGAAGCGGCUGUGAGAGCCAUGUACGAGCCUUUUAAUGAGUUUAUUAAGAGACUUGCGAAUUUUAUAAACGAAAUUCCGGAAUGCACGUGUGGAAGAAAUUUGUAAGGUGCAUGCAAACGUGAAAUAUAUCUUGGAAAUGCCUUCUGCCUUCAAUAUCGUCAGCAUUGUC